UUGAAUCUGCUGCUGCUGAUGGAUGACGAUUAUUGGAUAAUGCGUGGAGGUGGUGAUUGUGUGUAGUCUGAGGAGCACUCAGCACAAUGCUCGGGAGAUAUGGCGACUCCAAGAGGCGGUGGAGUUUCAGAGGGUGAGGAUGAAGUCAAGUGGAAGACAGGAGAUCUCUCUGUCAUCCUUCUUGCUACUGCCGGUGAUGAGGGAGGGGUCACGUCUACAGCUGCGGCCGAAGCCGCCGCAACUGCUAGCCAAGAGAAGGCGGAGCAACGACCCGCAGGCGAUCAGUCUCAGCAACAUAGUCCUCGCGAGAUAGACCAUGCAAUAUCUUCUUCUUCCGUGACGGCGGCAUCGGAGGUGGCGGCGGCGCCAGCAACAGGAGAAGUCGACGGCGGUAAUGCGCACUACGAAACGAGCAUCGAGGAUCAGGGAAGACCAUUCAACAGACGGUCAAUCGGAGAGAGGAACAGGGAUACACACGAGGAGGCGCCGCCGGAAAAUGUGGCUGUCAGCCGCCAAGUCGGCAGAUCUGGUGCGCAGCGGCGUGUAGUCCUGGGUGGUGUCCAGCUAGGAACAAGAGGAGGAAGAGGAGGAGAAGGACGACGACCAAAGGUCACUAUGGCUGCGUGGGCGUUCCACCACGGCAGCAGGUUAUUGAAUAAGACGCCCGGCAUUCUCGACAGAUUGACUCAGGGAGAAACUUGCCGCGAUUCAGGCGUUCCUUGCCAACGGUUGAGUCAUCAACAGUUGAUCCUCAAGAAUUACUUCCCGAUGGCGCCUCUUCCCCUUGCUGUUCCCCCUCCUCCCCCUCGUCCUGCUCCGUUUCUUUCCUUGGAACAGGGUAAGGACCAGCGAGAACAACCAGCGAAGAAGACGACCCUGGUUAACGACGCCAUCGCCGGUUCCUAUGCAUCAGCUCACUCCGACCUUGAGACGGAUCUUCAAGAGUCCCGAGGGACUCUGAGAGGAAGGAGGACGGCAUGGGAACCUUCAAAUGGUGGACCAGUCGACAUCCUAUUCCACCGCACAGGGAAUGAACUCGAAAUCCUCAAAAAGACAGAGGAAGGGAAGCAGAGCGGAGAGGAGAAAGCUGAGGAGGAGAGCCGAGAGGAGAAAGCUGAGGAGAGCGGAGAGGAGAAAGCUGAGGAGGAGMGCGGAGAGGAGAAAGCUGAGGAGGAGAGCGGAGAGAAGAAAGCUGAGGAGGAGAGCGGAGAGGAGAAAGCUGAGGAGGAGAGCGGAGAGGAGAAAGCUGAGGGGGGGAAGCAUGAGGAAGAUGCGUCUAUGAAGUCCGUCCAUCACCAAGAUGGCUAUGGCGUUCACUCAGUCAACGACUUCGAGUCUAUGGACGAACCAUUGCCGAGUGCUAUCUUGUGGAGAAAGCAUCAGUCCCACUUUGCAGUCCCAGACAAGGAACAGGAUGUCAGUGGUACAAGAGCCUAUGCCGAUGAGUGCCAGAGGCUAGGUGUUAUCCCGGUGCUCGCGGUGACUCAUCAGCUUGCGGGAGAUCAUAUAAAUCUGGCCCACUUCGCGCUUGGCGAUGGUGGCGGGGCCGCGCUGGCCGCAGCACUCCGCAUCAAUUCUUCUAUCCAGACACUCAACCUUCCACAUUGUUCGUUGGGUCACAGGGCGAUCUUUGCUUUGAUGGAUGCUCUGGCGAGUAAUGCAGAUGGAGGUGUGAAGAAGCUGGAUCUAUCCAACAAUCAUUUGGAUUUUCGGUCUGGGGGCGCUAUUGCCAAUAUGCUUGCAAAGAGCAAAAAGCUGCAGACACUGCUACUGAAGGGAAAUCGUCUGCAAAACAAUGGCUUGCGGCCAAUCGUCACGGUGUUGAUUGGUUCGAAUUAUACCUUGUGUCAUCUUGACCUCAGCUUCACAGGAGUAACUGAUACACUGUGUCCAGUAAGUGAAUUCAGCUUUGAAGUUUGAAGUUUGAAUUGUGUAUCCCAAUUCCAAUUC